AUGGAUGUGUAUUAUGAUCAGCCGAAGAUAUCAACAAGCAAUUUGAACUUCUUGGGUACCUCCACUGGUAAUUUCACAACAGGUGUGUUAAACAAUAUCAACAAUGUUUAUUUGUUUGGAAGUUCUCAACUCAAUUACAUGAAAGAAGACAAUCAAAACGAUUUGAUAUUCAACUUGACUCUUCAAGAUCACUCAACGUUUCAUAUCUUUGGCGAAUAUCAAGUGGGUUCUUCGUAUAUGGAAGUCAUUGGACAUUCAACUUUAUAUAUUGAGGAAGAUGCUGUUUUAUCCCAAAGCAGCACAACAAUAUCUGGCACCGUUUUUACAAUAUGUGAAUAUGCUACAGUCCAUGUUUUGGGUUCAAUUAGUUCUUUUAGUGCUAUUUUAAUUAAAGAUAACGCAUCUUUAUAUCUGAACGGACAUUCAGCAACAGGGAUUUAUCCAAAGAAAAUUAAUAUCACAAUGUGUGGAAAUUCGUAUUUGGAGGUUGGUGGAUCUGUACAAUUACUAUCAGAGAAUUUAACGCUGUUUGACAAUGCAAGAGCUGUAUUUAAGGACAAUAUGAGUGUGUAUGUCUUUAUAUUUUCUUUGUUUGACUCAUUUCAAGGCAUGUUGUUAUUUCUUCACAACAACUCUUCUUUAUAUUUUGAUGUGUAUGACAAGACACAUAGUGUCGAUGGAAUAGUAUCAACUGUUAUGUACGAUACCUCAAAAAUUGUAUUUCAUGGGAGAAACCACGGGUUUUUGUAUCGAGUUGACAUGAACGACAACUCAAUGAUCGAAAUAAAAGACUCAAUUGAUGUGACGUUGACUCACGUACAUCUUAACGACAAUUCAAUAAUAAAGGUAUCAGAUACCUCAAAAGUUAUUCUUGCUAAUUUGGAGUCGUCUUCGACAUCAAGAAUAGUGUUCAAUGGAGAAGGGAAAAUGUCAUUGAGAUGUUCCAAUGGUGAAUAUGUUGAUGAUUGUUUAUUUGAAGAGAGUGUAAUCAACUUCAACGGGUUUCCUUUCGACUUUACAAACAUUUCGUUACAUAGCACACCACUCAAUUUAUAUGCAACAGAAUUACACUUUGAUGACUCGACACUCAAUAACACUAUAUUGCCAAUAGAUAGAUGUAUUAAUAUUAUCUCAAUUGGUGACGAUGCCACAAUACCAACAUUUACUAAUAAACAUUUCUACACGUUGUUUGAUAAACACUUGGUGAGAUAUUGCCCAGACUCCUUUGAUAGAAACACGGAAAAGACGUAUUGUUCUCUCAUUGAUGAGCAAUGGAACAAUAAGCACUUGUUUGAUCGAAAUUACCCAUUCGACCAAGCCCAUUGCCCAUAUAACAACGUCGAAGUCGUGACUUUUUUAAAUCGCGUUGUAAUUGGUAACCAAAAAGUGUUGGCAAAAUUUCUUAAUGAGACGAAUUUGGUGUUUAGUGUAGUGACCACUAAUGUUCAAAAAGUUUCUGGAUUGCUCAGAGAAGUCACUUUUCCGUCUGGAGUUGUUAUUAAAAGUUUGUGUUCUGUCAUUGAAAAUGUGGCAGUCGAAUUACUCUCAAAUGGAUCAUAUAGCUAUUCGUCCAUUUGUAAAAUGUUUGUUGGUACAAAUGACUCGACGAAUUCAGACACACAAAAAGUGAGUGAAAUAAAAGGAGUCUCAGAGAGUGGAUAUAUUGUUAUUGAUGAAGAAACAAUUAUUGCAUCAACAGACUUUGGACUACUUAUUUACAUCUCAAACCAACUUAAACCUUCCACUAUAACAACUACUUUUAAUUCAAAUAUUCUGGUUAUUGGGAACAUCGGAUUUUACGUCAAUGAAGAGUUGUGCACAUAUGGUCGUGUUACAUCGACCUUAUCCGAGUGUUAUAAAUAUGACAAACUUCGAUGUGAUGAUGGAUAUUAUGUCAGUGAAAUGAGUUGUGUGAAGUGCACGUCCAAUUGUAUAAAGUGCACUGAAUUUGAGUGCAUAUUAUGUGCUGACAAUUAUAUACUCAGUGGAAGUGUCUGUGAAAAAAAACCAACGAGUUGUCUUGUUGCUCGCAACAAUUUCUGUUUUGAAUGUAAAGAUACAUAUUCACAAAUGGGUACAACAUGUCUGAAUACAUCACCACUCCCCAAUUGCACAAUAAGUCGGAACAAUUUAUGUGUGAAAUGUUCUUCUGAUUUAAUGGUUAUUAAAGACGGAGUUUGUGUACAAUAUGACAAAGCGAUAUUAACAACCAAAUUUUCUGUUGUGGCGUGUGAAAUUGGGUACUACACAUUCAAUGGUACAUGUCACAAAUGUUCUGAUAAACAUCAGAACUGUUUGAUGUGUGAUUUGACAAAGUGUUAUUUAUGUGAAAAUGGUUAUGACAUACAAAGUGAUGGUUUGUGUAAGAGUCAAAACUGUGAGACAUACAGUUCUAUCGACAUAUGUAUUCAAUGCAAAGACGGGUACAUCUUUGGUGAGUCAAAAAAUGGAUAUUACCUUUCAAAUGGUAUAUGUGUUUCCUUCAUUGCAAACUGUAUGACUGGAAACAACACGGGGUGUACACGGUGUAACUCAGGGUAUUAUCUUAACACACUAAAACUCUGUGAAAAAUGCCAAUCAAAUUGUUUAACAUGUGGGACGUCUCCUUCAAACUGUCUUUCGUGUGAUGAGAACACCUUUCUCUCCGAAAACAAGUGUGUGACAUCGUCAAAGUACAACAACACAUGCGACAGAUACACAUCAAAUGGAUUUUGUGUGCAUUGCAUCUCUGGGUAUUAUUUAUAUCAAGACUCAUGUCGAGAGUGCUUGUCCUCCUGUGACAUAUGUAGUAACAAAUAUUACUGUAUAACAUGUAAAGACGGGUACUUCAUGUCAUCCUUUGGAGAGUGUUUAGAUAAUAAACAGGCUGGAGCAUGUUCAGUGAACGUUUCUACAUCUCUUGGGUGUAUUCGUUGUGAUCCCGGAAACUAUUUAAAUGGACGGCAGUGUAUACCAUGUACUCUCGGAUGUAUUUCUUGUGACUCAACCAAGUGUUUCACGUGUUAUGACAAAUUUGUAUUACAAGAUGGCAAGUGUGUGUCUUAUUACUUUGUAUCAAAUUGUCUUUCUGCACACGACGGACAGUGUUCCUCAUGUUCCUUUUGGUAUACUCCUGACCGUAACGGUUCAUAUUGUGAACGAUCUGCAGUGUGGUGGGUGAUACUUCUAAUAGUAAUAGUUUGUCUCGCACUUAUUAGUAUAAUUGUAGUAGUUAUAGUUCAUAUCCUCUACAGAAUCAUAUCAAAGUAUGUUCGAAAUAGAAACUUGGACGAUUUGGUCUUCGACAUAUCACAAACGGGUGUCCUCACGCAUGAGCUCAUUCAAGGCCUUUAUACCAAUGUGAGUCAAAUCAUCUUCGACGGGGAUAAUACACAACUCCCCGUCUUCAAAGAGUCUGUAACAAGCUUUGUCCUUGCUAAUAAAGGAAAACAAACUGUUCGUGUACAAGUCAAAGGCCGGAGGAACAAAUAUCGGUAUACCAUCGAAGUGACUCCCCCAGUAGUGUUACUCAAAAGGGAUCAAGCGUGCCAAUUCACUGUUCUAGUGGAGCCAAAGUGUACCUGUCGCAUUAACGACGUCAUUUCCAUCUUCAUCAACGAUAUAAAGAAACCAAAAGGAGAGAAUGUGACACUUCCAGUGCUUGCAGAGUCGGCGAUGUCCUCGUUUUUAGACCAAACGGAAAUUGAAGUCAAGCGUCUAGUUGGGGAAGGGACCUUUGGGAAAGUCUUUCUUUGUGUCUUCCGUGGCCAACACGUCGCUCUCAAAGUGAUGAAACAAAUUAACAUAGAACAGCAGUCGCCCGACGAAUUUAAUAAAGAGAUUGAAAUGCUGACUAAAUUUCGCUGUGACCAAAUUAUUCAUUUCUUUGGAAGUGUUCGCAUGGCAAGAAUCGUUGGAUUAGUCGUCGAAUAUGCGCCUCUUGGUUCAUUACGGAACAUUUUCAUGAACAAAGAGAUCGACGAAGUGUGCGACAAGAUGAAAGUCAAAUUCAUGAUUGAUACGACUCAAGCACUCCUCUAUUUACACACUAAUGGUGUUCUUCAUAGAGAUGUCAAACCAGACAAUGUCCUUGUCUUCAAUAAAACAAGUAUCAUCACUACUAAUGUUAAAUUGUCGGACUUUGGGUCGUCGAGAAACAUCAAUUUGUUCUUGUCAAAUAUGUCAUUCACGAAAGGAAUAGGUACACCAGUCUAUAUGGCACCAGAAAUAUAUAACAAGAACAAAUACAGUCAAGCAGCGGAUGUCUACGCACUCGGAAUAACUCUAUUGGAAUGCAUGAAAUGGGACGAAGCUUAUGAAAACAAAACUUUUGUCUAUUCAUUCCAAAUACCAGACUUCAUUAACAAAGGAAAUCGACUCCCAAAGCCAGCGAAUGUCUCAAACGAAAUGUUUGCAAUCGUCCAAGCAUGCUGGGACCAAACUCCAAAGAACCGUCCAACAACACAAACAAUCUUAGAGCGCUUAAAUCAAAUAGAAGAGAAACUCCCAAUGUUCUAA